ACUCCCCCUCUGACGCCUCCCAUUGGUCACUUGCGAGCCUUCGGCCUGCCUCGCCAUUGGCCCGUGUCGCGUGAGAGCUCUCUCUGGGUCGCGGAGCUUUUGUGAGGCUGUCUGGGCAACAGCAACGAGGGGUCGCGGGACGGUGGGAGGAGGGAGAAAAAGCGAAGAAAGGACUGAAAGGGAUGGAACCUGGGUGGGGGGAAGCACCGCUGAAAAGGGGGAGAUGGUUUAGCAGAACGCGGCGCGACGACGCAGAAGCGUAGCCGGCUAGCGAAGGUGGCGUCCGAGCGUGGAGAACUUGCCAACCGCAAACGAAACGAGGAGCCUCCAAUGAUGAAAACUGACAUUUUGAGGGGACUUGACCUGGAUUAAAGCAAGCAAGAGGACGUAGAGGAGCCAUGUCCGCCGCCUUGUCUCAGCAACUGCCAAAGCAGGACAAGGAGGUGGCGGAGGAGGAAGAGGAUGAGGAGCAAGGCGAGGAGUUUGUCUUUGACGACAGCGAGGACGAGCGGGGGCCUCGAGGGGUGGCCGGCGACUCGCUUCAAUUGUCAAAUCCGGAAGUCCCACAGACGUGCGAGGACGCGUCGCAGGCUGUCAAAGACGUCACGCCACAGGAAGGAAGCGCCAGCCAGGAUGACGUUCAAGCCGCUCAUUCAGCCAGCGGGGUCCGUGCAGCAGCCCAGCUAAUAACGUUUGAGGGCGAUUCAGGAGCCGGCGAUGCGGAAACAGCAAAGGAAAGCUCUGAGGACAUCCCUGAAGCCUCACAUGAAGUUGAAGCUGACGUCAUCUAUGACGACGUCCCGUGCGAAGAGCCUCUCUCCCCUGAUGAAGAUAUGCUCUACGAGGACGUCCAGCGGGACUCCUGCGGUCCAUCUGUUGCAGGCAACGGGUGGAGCUCCAGCGAGUUCGAGAGCUAUGAUGAGCAGUCGGAUGGCGAGAGCAAAAUGCCCACACGCAGCAAGCUGUCCCCCGAAGUGCGGCGGCUAAGAGAGCGCUGCGCCAGGACCAAGCGUGAGCUGGCUAUGAAGCUGUCUGGCAAGCACAACUAUGACAUAAAGGUGCAGCAGCUUAUGAAGGCAGCCAGAAGCAACACCAAGGAUGGACUUGAAAAGACCAGAAUGGCCGUCAUGCGCAAAGUCUCCUUCCUUCACCGGAAAGACACCAUUGAGGAAGAGGACGAUGCGGGCUAUCUGGAUGUGGUGAUAUCGGACGUGACUCAUCCGCCGCCGCAGCUGAGCGCCAUGCCGGAGGGCCUGACCAGCCACCAGGUUGUCAGGCGCCACAUUCUCGGCUCCAUCAUCCAGAGCGAGCGCAGCUACCUGGAGUCCCUCCGGAGGAUCCUGCAGGAGUACCACAGACCUCUCCUGGAAGCCGACCCGCGCAUCCUGAGCCCUCGCAAGAUCCGACCCAUAUUCUACAGAGUCCGGGAGAUCACGCAUUGCCAUUCCAUGUUCCAGAUUGCGCUGGCGUCACGUGUGGCUGAAUGGGACAGCUGUGAGAAAAUCGGAGACUUGUUUGUCGCCUCGUUCUCCAAGUCCAUGGUGCUGGACGUGUACAGCGACUAUGUGAACAACUUUACCAACGCCAUGGCGCUCAUUAAAAAGGCCUGCCUAUCCAAACCGGCCUUUCUGGAAUUCCUGAAGAAGAAGCAGGCAUCCAGCUUGGACCGCAUCACUCUCUACGGCCUGAUGGUGAAGCCCAUCCAGCGAUUCCCCCAGUUUAUAUUGCUUCUGCAGGACAUGCUGAAGAACACGCCCAAGGGCCAUGUGGACCGGCUGCCCCUGCAGCUCGCCCUCACCGAACUGGAGACGCUGGCCGAGAAGCUCAACGAGCAGAAGCGGGUCGCCGACCAGAUUGCAGAGACCCAGCAGCUGGCGCGCAGCGUCAGCGAUCGUCUGCUCAGUAAGUGUCCCUCGCAGCAACUCAACCUGGAGCAGGGGUCUCUGGUCCAGUGCGAGACGCUCAUCGAGACCGUGUAUGGCGAGCGGGGACAAGUCCUCAAGUCCAAGGAGCGCAAGGUCUUCCUCUUCGACGACGUCUUAAUCUGCGCCAACAUAAAUGUCAAGGGGUCUCCAGACAUCAGCAGCCUGGUCCCGGUGGGGCCCAAGUACACCAUGAAAUGGAGCGCCCCCUUGCAGCAGGUGCAGGUGGCGGAGGUGGGUCAGGAGACCUGCCAGGGCAAGGACGCCGUCUUCCAGCAGAAUGCGAGCAAGCGGCAAAGCGGCGCCCACGCUUCAGGGAAAUCCAUCCUUGGUCCUCCACGCCUCUACCAAGAACUGCAGGAACUUCAACAUGACCUUUGUGUGGUGGAGGACGUGACGCUCCUGGUGGGCACCCUGGAGGGGACGUACCAGAACCUGAACACCACGGUGGCCCAGGACUGGUGUCUGGCUCUGCAGAGACUCAUUCGUAUCAAAGAAGAGCAGAUUCAGAGUGCCAACAAAUGUCGCUUACGCCUGCAGCUGCCCGGCAGGCCAGACAAGUCCGGUCGUCCCGUCAGCUUCAUGGUGGUCUUCAACACGCCAAACCCGCUCAGCAAGAUCUCCUGGGUCAACCGGCUGCACUUGGCCAAGAUUGCGCAACGCGAGGAAAAUUCGCCCGGCUGGCUGUACGAGGAGCACGAGGGCAAGCCGACAGCCCCGUUUUGGUGUCCCCUUCUGGCCUGUCACAUGCCCGUUUUUGCUACCAAGUCCCCCGAGAGAAAGCUCGAAGCUGCCAUCCACAAUCCUGUUCACUGUGCAUUGUUGGGCUUCUCGGCAGCCAGCACAUCCUUACCUCAAGGCUUCCUCUGGGUGGCUGCUGGCGGGGAGGAAGCCUCUCAGGGCCAGAUUGAGAUCUUCUCGCUCAACAGGCCCGUGCCAAGGGCCGUGAAGAGCUUGCAAGUGGGCUCCGCCGUCCGCUGUCUUGAAUACGUGCCGGAAGCUUCUCCCACUGAGGAGGCGGAGGCCGCACCUCACAAGGGAAACGCUGCCAGCAUCUGCGUCGGAUUAGAUGACGGACGAAUUCUGGUCUACGGCAGCGUGGACACUGCGGCUCAGUGCCUGGUGACCCUCAGCAACCCCCGGGGCUGCCCCGUGCUGUGCCUGAAGCACUCGCCUUGCUUCCUCUUUGCUGGCUUGCGCGAUGGCACCUUGAUGGUUUACGGGAGGAAAAGUGGCGAGGAUCUCUGGGAUCCCGAUUCCAGCAGAAGCGUGAACUUGGGUUCAGAUCCAGUGCGGACCCUCUUGGUGCUGGACGACUCGGUGUGGGCGAGCUGCAGGAACUUGGUCAUGGUGGUUGACAUCUGCAGCCUCAACACUCAGACACUGGAGGCUCACCCCGACCCAGCGGUUAGCGUGGCACAUGUGGCGCGCGCCGGCGGCGGCGUGUGGAUGGCCUUCUCGGAGGGCUCGUCCAUCCGUCUCUUUCACACCGAGACGCUGGAGCUGCUGCAGGAGAUCAACAUCUCCACGCGCUCCACGCUGCUCAACACCGGUCAGGCGACCAUGCGAGUCACCAGCCUGCUCAUCUGUCAAGGGCUCUUGUGGGUCGGCACCGCCCAAGGCCUCAUUGUCACCCUGCCGGUUCCCAAACUGGAAGGAAUACCCAAAAUAACAGGAAAAGGCAGGAUCUCGCUGAACGGCCACAGCGGGCCGGUGGACUUCCUGGCGGCCAUCACCAGCACCUUGUCUCCGGACCUCCUGAAGAGGGACUCGGUGGCGGACGGGCCGGACUCGGCGUGCGGGGGCGAGGAUCCCAGCGAUACUUCCUCCCAGGAAUCCCUGCAGCACCCGGGCGAUGGCCGGGCGGCGGGCGGCGGCGGCCGCGGCGGCGUCCUGCUGCGCUACAAGCUGCGCUCCACCUCGGGGCUGCCCGGACGGCCGCUCACGGCCGCCGCCGCCGACGAGGCCUCCGACUCGUCCCUGGAGUCCCUGGAGCACAGCGUGGAGGACGGCUCCAUCUACGAGCUCAGCGACGAUCCCGAGACGUGGGUGCGGGGGCGCCCCUCGGAGAAGGACGGCAGGGCCAAAGACAGGGUGGUCUCGGCCGCCGUGGUCUCCGGGGGCCGAGGGUUCCGGAGGCUGCGGGAGGGGGCGCGGACAGCCGGGGAGCCUUCGGAGAACGUCCUUCUGGUUUGGCAACUCCCGUUGACUGUCUAAUUUAGAACAACGCGCUUCACCUCCAGUGCACUCGCGUAGCAUUCGAAAGGAAUCUCGGAGGCUCACGCGUCGAAGAAGGGAAGCGCUCCACCUUGGGUUUCAGCAUUGCCUAGUCCAAGGACUAUAAAAUCAUCCUAAAGUCAUAGACCAAUAACAGGUAAUAAUUCCCAAAAGGACAGGUAUCUUAAAAAAAAAAAAA